CGCCGCUGUUCGAGCUGGAUCCGCCGGGGGCAGCAGAGAGCCGGCAGCAGUGACAGGAAACCCCGCGGCUGCUCUUGGCUUCCUGUUUACGCGGGCCGGAGCGGGACGGAGCCGAGCAACCGAGUCACGAAGUCGGCUCCAGCGGCAGCAUUCAGCGACUCGGCCGACACCUCAGGCCGACCUCCUGGGCACCCUGAGAGCCUCUCGGGCCUCCCCGCCCCGGAGCAGAGGAAGAGAGGGUCGAGCGGCAGGAUAGGCCGCGGCAUUGGGGGGAGACAGGGCCUGGCCGGCGCUCGGAGCUUCCCCCCCCCCCCCCCCCCCCCCGCAAGGAGCCAGCAGAUAAGAUUGCCCAGUGCACUUUGUUCAGUGUGGAAUCGGUGAGAGAAGUCCAUAGUUUCGACCAUUUCAUCUCGGGAAGCAACUGUUUUCCAAUGUGAGCCCAUUCAACAUGACUGAGUGUUGGGAGGAGCACCCAGCCGCCCCACCCCUGGUGGAGAACUGUAUUCCUCAGAGCACCGAACGUGCCCUUGAGUUUGCGAUUGUGUUCCCCACUGACGGAGCCCUUCAGCAGCAUCAGCCCGUGUCAGCCGAAAGUUCCCAAAAAUGCAACAUGUGUGGCCAGACGAUCACGCAGCUGUCAGAGCUCCAGCAGCACCCAUGUUUUGUUAAUAUGAAUCGCUUCUACCAGUGCGCCCAGUGCCAGAAGACCUUCAGCCACUCCAAUGAUCUCUUGCAGCACCAGUGUGGCCAGGUGGAAGAGAAGCCCUUUAUCUGCCAUGUCUGCAAGAUGGGAUUCUCACAGUUGCUGGCUUUGGUCCAGCACCAGAAUGUCCACAAUGAGAACAAUCCCUUCAAAUGUACCAUAUGUGGUGAGAAUUUCCAGCAGUCGUCAGAGCUAAUCCUGCAUCAACGGGUUCACAUUGAGGAUCAGCCCUUUGAGUGCACUGUCUGCAAGAAGAAGUUCAAGGACUCGUCAGAGCUGGUGGCCCACCAGCAGUUCCAUGCGCCCGAGAAGCCCUUCAAAUGCAGUGUGUGCCAGAAAGGCUUCAAGAAAUCGUCACAGCUGGUCCGCCACCAAUACAUCCACGGUGAAAAGCCCUUCAAGUGCUCGUCCUGUGAGAAGGCUUUCCGCCACGCCUCCGAGCUGCAGCGGCACCAGAGGGUGCACACUGGCGAGCGACCCUUCAAAUGCGCCCAGUGUGACAAGACCUUCAGCCAGUCCUCACACCUGGCACACCACCAGCGCAUCCACUCGGGCGAACGGCCCUACGACUGCAGCGUCUGCCACAAGAGCUUCAAGCACCGCUCACACCUGGUGCGCCACAUGUGCGUUCACGCCGGUGAGGACAUGUUCAAGUGCGUCAUCUGCCACGCAGGCUUCAAGCAGCCCGGGGAGCUGCUGCAGCACCAGUGCACAACGGAAGCUGAGAGACCCUACAAGUGCGGGCAGUGCACCAAGAGCUUCAAGCGCUCUUCCUACCUCCAGCACCACCAGCGUGUCCAUUCAGGGGAGAGGCCUUUCAAGUGUACCACAUGUCAGAUGAGCUUCAAGCAGCUGUAUGCACUGGUGCGACAUCAGCGCACUCACACCGGGGACAAGCCCUACAAAUGCACAGUGUGUGAUAAGGGCUUCAGUGAAUCCUCUCACCUCCUGUACCACCAGCACAUUCACACUGGAGAGAGCCUCUUUCAGUGCACUGGGUGCCAGAAGGGCUUUAAAGACUCAUCGGAGCUCUUGCGUCACCGCUGCGCCCGUGUGGAGGGCAAACCCUUCAAGUGCACCGUCUGCCAGAAAGCUUACAAGCGGGUUUCAGCCCUACAGCUCCAUGAGGCAACCCAUGUUGAGGAGCGGCCACUCAAGUGCAAUGCCUGUGAGCGGCGCUUUGCGUGCUCCUCUGAGCUGGUGGAGCACCAGUGUCGGCCUGCCAAGGAGAAGCCCCUGAAGUGCAGCGACUGUGAGAAGCGGUUCAAGUACUCUUCAGACCUGGAGCGGCAUCGGCGCGUUCACACAGGGGACAAACCUUUUAAAUGCAUCACUUGUGACAAGGGCUUUAAGCAGAAGGAACACCUGAUAAAGCACCAGAAUGUCCACGCCAGAGAGAGUCAGUUCUUAAUAUAGAACAGGAUGGACAUGAAGAUACGGACACAGCAGAGCUCGCGUGUCAAGCCUCCUUUGAAAACGAAUCUACACCAUGGAAGGUUGGGCAAGAAGUCAGCCAAACACGACCAGUCUAAACCUUAAAUACUGCAGUCUUUAAAAAGGUGGACUUUUGAUGAGAAGAGUGGUAUGUUGUUGCCAGUUGAACCGAGGGUGGUGUUGUUUUGUGUCAUCUCCAUUUUGUAAGCACUAACAGUUUGCUAAUGCAGACGCUAAAAAUGAAAUGCAGAUUAAUAAAAAAAAGUAGAAUUAAUAAUACUGUCUUAUCAAAAUAGUCCUCGAGCUGCCUAUAGGAUAUCUCCACGGUUACCAGUGUUUUUUAGGAAUGUAAAAGAGCUGUCUUUCCUGCUGCUGCGCAUGGCUAAUUGCAGAAGAUAGGAUUGUAGUUAACCUACAUCCUUGCUGAGUGUAAAGAGAGUGUCUGAUUGUAAGCCAUUGAAUAGGGAACUGAUUGCUCUCAUCAGUGGGACCUACAUAACUCUUAGCAUGUUAACUCUUUAUUCAGUUGGCUUACCAUUGAAUAUUCUCGUACCACAAGUGUGAUGUGUUUUAAAAAAAAUGUCACAGAAGAAAGUUUUUAUUUUAUUACAAAUCAAUUUUAUUUUGUUUGGGCUACCGUAAACACAAGAUGGUGAGCAAUUUACUUUCAGGGUUCAGAUGACUGGAUCAUAAACUCUGCAAGCAGUUUAUUGAUGUAAUCAGAGCCCAGAAACUCAAUUGCAGCCUUCAUACUCUUGCCACCUGUAAUUUUUUUUAAUAUACAUAGUCUUAAUAAAGUUAAAUCAAUGCUAAUGAAAGUUAACUAGUGCUGACUGAUGUGAUUACUGCGGAAUAACAUCUGCUUUAUAGAAGAGUAUAAUGGAGCUAUUUUGCAGUUCUCAAUUAGAAUUAUAGAGGAAUUAAAAGCAUGUUCUGUGUUGUUGGUGUCUGCCACAGCUGUGGAAAUAAAUUCUUUUAAGUGGACAGUG